AUGUCGAAAACAAUUAGUGGCAUCACUGGUCGGCCGAAUAUUCAGCCUAUUGCCCAGUCAUCGUUGCUAUCAAGGUGUUAACAAAGCUGUAUUUAUUUUCAAGUUUUCGAUCAGAUUACAAACAUUCUUGCCGAAAAUGGAAGAAGCUAACAAAAGUUUGACGACAGUGGACGCUGCGGACUGUGGGGUCGAAAUAGUAGACAGUGCAGAAGAUCAGGCUGAGAGCUCAUCGAGUUCUUCUAGGGAAAGCGCUUCGGAUGAAGAGAAAGAAAUUGAGCCAUCUGUAAAAAAGGUAUCAUUACCACCAAUUUUUAUUCGUAUAAUGAGAAAAAAAUACAGAAGCUUUGAAUUGUUAAUGUGGAAAAAUAUCUUCUUCUAUUAAAACUGAAUCGAACGUUUACUGAGCUCUGUUUAGACGAGAGUUUACUCUGGGUUUCUUGGGUUCAUGUUUUUUUUUCUCAACGUUCUCUGAAGUAAGGUUUAACAGGGCGAUCGCGUGGAGAUGGACCUGGACAUUUUUCGAGAAGAAGGUACGGCUGUAGAUGAACGCGACGUUGCUGUGCAGCCUGUAACCAGUUUGCCGGAAGCUUUCAACCGAGGUCAACCUCCAAAAGAAAAUCAAAAGAAAAUACUCAUCGAAGAAAUACAAUAGUUGUCAGCAUAUCCAAUAAAAUUGUUACAGCUUUGGCGAGGUUCUGUCAUUAUUGAGUUCGGAUUUCCGUCGAUAUUGUCCACCUCUUUGCACUUUUUCUAUGUAUUUUUUUUAAAUUGAAAAUUGUACAUUUUAAAAUAUGCUGGGGUUUUAAAGACGCAAUUGAACAAUAUACGAUCACUACAUGUUUCGUGCCACGAUUUUCGCCAGGCUUUUUUCUGCGCCUUUAAACAUCCCAGUUAUCUGUAUCAAAAAGGCUAUUCUUCCGAGUUAUUUUCCUGAACAGCUUUAGAAUGAACUUUAGAUGGAGUCUCCAGUAACAACAGCUGCAGAAUACGACGUGAAAGCGUUAGAAAGUCUGAAGGACCUUUAUGGCGAUUUGGCUCAGAUUCCUAUUCCGACCCAAGGAAGGAUCGGCAAGAAAAAGUCCGAAAAGUGUAUUGAGGUUUUUCGUUAUCUGGAGUAUUGUAAAGAAGCAAAUUAAGUCAUAGUUUGGAGUGUCUACAAUGUCUGAAAGCAUAUGUAGUUCUGGUAGCUCAGGAAGGUGGUUUUCAAACUGCGUUCUCAGGUGACGACGGUUUGGGACAACCGAGCGCUGGCGCUGAACAAGUCGACGCGGACCCAACGUGUCAGUUUGAUCUGCACCAGCUCCUCGGAGAUCGUUGACCGCUCCGUCAUCUCUUCAACUUCGGUCCCUCUCUGCAACUUCGAGUUUGCUUUUUUUUUUCUUUCUCCUUUCAUUCACCUUGCGUUUGAGGUCACAAGCCGUAGCCUACUCUGCCAGCAACACUCGUUGUGCUCAACUCAUCACCAUCCCCGACGGAAACGAUAAGAAGCAAUAUCUCAAGGUUAGAUGGGAACAGAUCCGUCGCUUAACAAGGUUCAAUGCGGAUUCUUCUGCCAAUCCUUAG